AACCUCAACUCAACUCUACUCCCACAAGUCAACUCUCCGCCCGCCGAUGCUCCACGCAUUAUAAUCCCCCACUCAUCCUCACCUCCACCGCCCUCCUCCCUCACCUCCACCCAACCAUGGGCAAUUCCCUCGCCUGCUUCUGCUGCACCGGCGCCGGCGCCCCUCGCCGCCGCCACGUCGCGCCCGCCGCGCUCCCCUCCGACCCCGCCUACGACGAGGGCCUCGGCCACUCCUUCUGCUACGUCCGCCCCGACAAGCUCCUCCAAUCCUACCACUACUCCACCGCCGAAGACGACCUCCUCCCCGACGCCACCGCCGCCAGCGAGGAGGCCACAACCUUCCGCGCCAUCUCGGGCGCGGCCCUCUCCGCCAACGUCUCCACCCCGCUCUCCACCUCCGCGUUGCUCCUCCUGCCCGACGACUCCUCCGCCACCACCGCCACCGUCUCCUCCGGCUUCGAGAGCUCCGACUCCUUCGCCGCGCUCCCGCUCCAGCCCAUCCCGCGCUUCCCCUCCGGCCCCAUCUCCAACGGCGGCUUCCUCUCCGGCCCCAUCGAGCGCGGCUUCCUCUCCGGCCCGCUCGACCCCGCGCUCCUCUCCGGCCCGCUCCCGGGCCCGGCCGCCUCCGCCCGCCUCCCCGCCCUCCGCCGCAGCCUCUCCCACGGCGGCCGCCGCAUCCGCGACUUCACCCGCGCCAUCCUCUCCCGCGCCGACCGCUUCAAUCCGGCCGCCGUCUCCGGAAGCCUCGGCUCCCCCGACGCCGCCGCCGCCGCCGUCGCCGCCUGCGGCGGCGACGCCAGCGGCCUGCAGUGGGCGCAGGGCAAGGCCGGCGAGGACCGCGUCCACGUCGUCGUCUCCGAGGAGCGGGGGUGGGUCUUCGUCGGCAUCUACGACGGCUUCAACGGCCCCGACGCCACCGACUUCCUCGUCUCCAACCUCUACGCCGCCGUGCACCGCGAACUCCGCGGCCUACUCUGGGACGAACAGUCCCCCCAGCCCGACCACCCAACCUCAUCCCCCAGCACAACCACCACCGCCACCGACCACCAGGACCAGCACACGCGCAGGCGCCGCGCGCGCCGCGCCCGCCCCCCGCGCGGGAGCGCCGACUACGACGACGAGGAGUCGCAGCGGCGCUGGCGCUGCGAGUGGGACCGCGACUGCUCCAGCCUCAAGCCGCCCACGCAGCCCCACCGCCAUCCCCGGACCGACGGCGAGCACGACCACGUCGCCGUGCUCAAGGCGCUCGCGCGCGCGCUCCGCAAGACCGAGGAGGCAUACCUCGGCGUCGCCGACAAGAUGGUCGCCGAGUUCCCCGAGCUCGCGCUCAUGGGCUCCUGCGUGCUCUCCAUGCUCAUGAAAGGGGACGACAUGUACGUCAUGGGCGUCGGGGACAGCCGCGCCGUACUGGCCACCAUGGACAGCGUUGAUCUCGGUGAGGGCUCAUUCGACGGCCUGUCGCCGUGCUUGUCGGCCGUGCAGCUCACGUCGGAUCACAGCACUUCGAUGCCAGAGGAGGUUCGCAGAAUACGGAAUGAGCAUCCUGAUGAUCCGGCCGCGAUCUCCAAGGACCGCGUGAAGGGAUCGCUCAAGGUGACCAGAGCUUUCGGCGCCGGUUUCUUGAAACAGCCAAAAUGGAACGAUGCACUACUGGAGAUGUUCCGAAUCGAUUAUGUCGGGUCGUCCCCGUACAUCACGUGUAAUCCAUCUCUUUAUCACCAUAAGCUCAGCACGAGGGAUAGAUUCCUGAUACUGUCGUCCGACGGUCUCUACCAGUAUUUCACAAACGAGGAGGCAGUUGCUCAGGUUGAAAUGUUCAUCGCAACAACCCCUGAAGGCGACCCUGCCCAGCACCUUGUCGAAGAAGUGCUUUUUCGGGCGGCAAACAAAGCAGGAAUGGACUUCCACGAACUGAUCGAGAUCCCGCAAGGCGACCGUCGGCAAUACCACGACGACGUGUCGGUCAUCAUCAUCUCCUUGGAGGGCAGGAUCUGGAGAUCUUGUGUGUAAAUAGACAUACUAGGCUAGACAGAGAAACGUAUAUAUAGAGAGGGAGAGGUUCUUGCAGUUGCAGGCCUCGAUCAGUUCAUGCGGCUACUUCCAACUCCACUUCUUCACCCCAGCUGCCACUGUACAAUAUCAACCAAGCACUGGGUCGGAUCUGGGGUUUUGGCACAUUACAUCCAGCUGAACCACGAUGAAUCAACCAUGUAAUGUAAAAGAGGAUUUGUUCAAUUAUUAAUAACUGAAUAUGAGACCAAUUGGUCAGGUUUCUUUGA